CCCCCCCCCCCCUCCCUCUCUUCCUCCUCUUCACACGCUUUCCUCCCCACACAACACUUGCUGCCACCAAACCGCCCGAAUAGCGCGCUGCACAGGGCCAAAAGGAAACACCAUGUCUAAUCAGAGCCAGGCGUCGUUGAUUGUCAGCCGCCAGUUGCCGCCCGAUCUCCGGCGCAUCCGUGCUUGCACUGGCUGCAAGUUCCUCAACUCGCUGGACAACUUCAAUGACUUUGGCUGCCCUAACUGCGGCCCCGGGGUGCCGAUCACCCGGACAUACACCGGCACCCUCGCCAUCACGAACCCCAAUGUAAGCUGGGUCGCCAAGUGGAAGAACAUCCCCGCCAAUGCUGCCAUCGGCCUCUACGCUCUUGAGAUUGCGGCUCCCGUUGCCGGCGUGCGUCAGGAGAACGAGGAGGAGGAUGAGUACUACGAGGAUGACUAUGAGGAUGAGGAGGAGUUCGAAGCCGGUGGCCGCUAUUACAGCGACGAUGAUCUUUGAGCACCCGAAUGUCCCGCGCAUGGGUGUAUCCACUUUGCCUCUUUUUGUCUUGCGCAAGCACGCCCUCCAGCCCUGUCACCACCGUCACCCCACCUUUGUACACUAGACCCCCAUGAUACCA